UUUAAUAUAACAAUUUCUUGAGUAUUAUAAAAAUGCCACCAAAUUCCGAAAAUGCCAAUCAUCAAACACAAUCAGCCCCUGUCGAUGAUAUCGCCGACAGAACUACAGAUGAACAAAAAUCCAAAAUUAUUGUGAAAUAUCGUAAAAAUUUCUACGACAUUACAAGAUUCCUGCAUAAACAUCCGGGUGGCAUCAAUACCCUGAGAGGCUUAGAAAAUGCCGAUAUGACAGCACGUUUUAUGCGUGCCCCACCGCACUCAGAUGCUGCCAUGUAUUUAAUGAAAGAAUAUCAAAUAAAGACAAUACCGCCAAAAUGGAGAAAUGGUCGUCGACAUGCGCCAGAGAUUAAGGAAAAUAUUGAAAUUGUCGAAGAGGAAGAUCACGAUGAAAAUGCAAAGAAACACACAAAUAAUAAUGAUUUGGAUGAUAGUAUGGAGCAUUUAGUGGACUGGUCACAGGCUAUGUUACCACAAAUCGCCAAGAUCACUCCCUACUACAAUGAAUGGGUCCAUAAACCUGUUGACAGGCCGUUACGUUUAUUUGGUCCUUGGUAUUUGGAAAUGUGCACAAAGACACCAUGGUGGGUGGUGCCGGCAUUUUGGAUACCUGUCAUAACAGCUUUAAUUUAUAAUCAAUUCCAAGAACCCUUUGCUAAUCGUGACAUAUUAAAGAUAACAUUUUUAUCAUUGUACUUUGUUAUGGGAAUAUUGCUAUGGACACUGUUAGAAUAUGUCUUACAUCGCCAUGUAUUUCACAUGCAAAUGGUUGGAAACCCCAGCCCCUGGCUGUGUACAUUCCAUUUUAUGAUUCACGGUCUACAUCAUAAAGUUCCCUUCGAUCCGAUGCGUUUGGUAUUCCCACCGCUACCAGCUGUCAUACUGUGUCUAUUCUUUUAUACACCCUUAUCGUUGAUUUUCCCCCAACCCAGAGUUCUGUUGGCAGGAAGUCUGUUGGGUUAUCUGGGUUAUGAUAUGAUACACUACUAUCUACAUUACGGAAAUCCUAGUCUUAAGCAAUUAUAUUUUAUGAAACGUUAUCAUUAUCAACAUCAUUUUGCCCAUCAAGAUUUGGGUUAUGGUGUUUCAAAUCCAUUGUGGGAUUUUGUGUUUAAAACAAGUAUACAUUUGCGAAAAUUAACAUUUCAUUUAAAAUGGAAAUAGUUGGAAUUAUAAAUAUUUAUAUAAAGUGUUUUUAAAUUAUUAUUUGACAUAUAAGUCUGUUUUUUAGUAUUGUAGUAUUUUUUUAGUAUUUUAAAGGAACAAAUUAUGUAUAUAAGACAUUUUAUACAUGUGCGUUUUUAUUUAUAGAUUUAAUAAACGAAAUUAGCAGAAGAAAAUAAUAAAACAUAUAG